CUGCGCGAAAUCUUCUCGCCCUACGGAACCAUUGUCGACUUGGAAAUGCCAAUGAACACGCAAUUUCUGACGAAUCGCGGGAUCGCGUACAUUCUGUUUGAGGCGCCGGCGGACGCGGAGAGGGCGAUUGCGCAUAUGCACGAGGCGCAAUUGGACGGAGCGUUGGUCAAUGUUUCGAUUGUGUUGCCG